GUAAUAAUAGUAGGACCAGAAGAUGUAGGCAAAACUUCUUUAAGUAAAAUUUUGCUUAGUUAUGCUUUUCGUCUUGGAAGACAACCUAUAUAUGUAGAUUUGGAUGGCUCCAUUACAAUGCCUGGCACCCUGUCUGCUACUCCGAUAACUCAUCUCUUAGAUGUUGAAGAAGGUUUUGGUUCAUCAUCAACGACUGCUCCAACUAUAGGCUCAUCGAUGAUUCCAAUUGUUUAUUACUAUGGAUAUCCUGAUCCCGGUGAAAAUGUAAAACUCUAUAAAGUAUUAACAUCCAAAUUAGCCAAUUCUAUUAAAAAACGCCUUGAAAAAGAUGAAUAUGCUAGAAUUUCUGGUUUGGUUAUCGAUACUAAUGGUCUUAUAGAUAAUACUGGUUACGAUAUUAUUCAACAUUGUGUAGAUGCGUUUGAUGUGAAUAUAAUUAUCGUGCUUGGUCAUGAACGAUUAUAUAGUGAUAUGGCAAGAUUAUAUAGUGAUCAUUCCAAGAUACAUGUUUUAAAGCUUGCAAAAUCAGGAGGUGUUGUUUAUCAAGAUAAAGGAUUUCGUCGUCAAGUACAAAUGCGUAAAAUUCGUGAAUACUUUUAUGGAUUACCUAAAGUUGAAUUAUCACCUUGUUCAACCUUAAUUAAUUUAAAUGAUGUCACAAUAUUUCGUGUUGGAGUUGGUUCACUUGCUCCACCUUCUGCCCUUCCGAUCGGAUUUGAUAGAAGAGUUAGUGAAACUCAAUUAGUAAAGGUCGAACCGGACGAUACUUUACGACAUUCAAUUCUGGCCAUUACUGCAUCCAAUUCUUCUGAUGAAAUUGAAAUUCUUGAAUCAAGCAUCAUUGG